AUGGAGGUUAAUGACAUACAUAUUCAGUUGGAAACAAUGCUGAAACAAAAAUCUAGAAACCAGUGGGUGGUUGAAAGGGAAAGUAAUUCUAGCUUUUUUCACAACAGUAUUAAGAUUCGAAGAAGUAGUAAUACAAUUUCGGAGCUGGUGAAUGAGAAUGGGGUGACUAUUUCAAAAUGUAAUCAGAUUAAAGACCUUGCAGUAAAUUAUUUCAUGAACAAAUUUAAUGGUGAUGUUUCAGUUCUUGAUGAUUCACUUUUUGAGGUGGAGCAUGAGAGGAUUUCAGUGGAGGAGAGUAUUCGUAUGGAUCAAGUUCCUUCUUUUGAAGAGAUUCAUGAGGCAGUUUUCUCCUUAGGUGCGGAUAGUGCCCCGGGGCCAGAUGGGUUUGCUGAUCUUGGCUACUCGGCUGGUAGUGUUUUGGGUAAUCUCAUUUCAGAAGAGCAGGUGGCUUUUAUGAAGGGUAGAAAUAUCCAUGAAAAUAUUAGUCUUGCCUCGCAGAUGGUGAAUGAAAUUCAAAUUAAACGAAAAGAUGGGAAUGUUGGGUUGAAGCUAGAUAUUACACAAGCCUUUGAUACGGUGAGCUGGAAAUUUGUUUUGGUUUUUUUUAAAAGGUAUGGCUUUUCAGAUUGGUGGUGUGAUUGGAUUCUUAACAUCUUAAAUUCAUCUAGGAUUUAUGUGCUUGUUAAUAGUAAUCCGGAGGGCUACUUCAGUAUAGAUAGAGGACUUCGUCAAGGGGAUCCACUAUCUCCUCUGAUUUUUGUGUUAAUUGAGGAUGUUCUUAGUAGGAAUAUCACGAAACUCUUUCGUGAAGGUGCAAUGACUACUAUGGUUUCUAGAAAAGGUAUCUCUCCCACUCAUUUGUUUUUUGCAGAUGAUAUUAUGAUUUAUUGCAAGGGUAAUAUGAAAAGCUUGAGAAGUCUUGUGGCUUUAUUGGGUUAUUAUCAGCGUGCUUAUGGCCAAACGGUUAGUCGUGCAAAGAGUAAAAUAUAUUAUGGGGGAGGUUCUUUGCGAAGGAGAGCCACUAUUUCUGAAUUUUUGGGGAUGCCUAUUGCUACUUUCCCGGAUAGGUAUCUUGGAGUUAAAGUGAUGCCUGGUGCUGUUAAGUAUCACCAUAUUGCCAAUGUAGUUGAUAAAAUUAAGGAUCAAUUAGCGGGUUGGAAGGGAAUGAUGCUUUAUUUUCAAGAUAGAGUUAUGCUGGUUGUCUAUGAUUGCUAG